AUGGAGAAACCAACACUUGCAGAUUUGAUUAUCAUUGCUUCAAUCGUAAUUGUACUACUAAUAUCAAGAUCAGAGGGGGAUGCCAGAUCCCAAAUCGUAUACAGGUAUUGUGACGCCAUAAUGGAGAACAAUCAAUCGUUAUUCGUCCAAAACUUUAUCCGCACGAUGGAAAUAAUUAGCAACGAUAUGCGAACUUCACAUAAUGCAACAGCAACCGUGGGUACCGGACUUAAUACAAACUAUGCAAUUGCCGAAUGCUACGGUGAUCUUUCUUCAGAAGACUGCAUUUUAUGUUAUGCGGAAGCCCGUACCGUGCUUCCUGGCUGUUUCCCCCGGAGCGGGGGUCGAAUUUAUCUCGACGGGUGCUUUAUGCGACUCCAGAACUUUAGUUUCUUCGAUGAGUAUACAGGGCCUAAUGAUACGAUCGUUUGUGGGAAUACAACAAAAAACAGUAGAUCGUUUGAGGAUUCAGCAAGGCAGGCAGUGUUGAAUGUUGUAUCGAAUGCAUUAAGAACCAAUGACUAUUUCGCUAGGGAAGAGAUGCCAGUGCCUACGGAAAACAAAUCGGUGUACGUGUUGGCGGAAUGUUGGAAGACUUUGAAUUCGAGCUCUUGUAGGGCGUGUUUGGAGAACGCAACAGCAUCGAUAUCGAAAUGCUUGCCAUGGUCCGAGGGUCGUGCGUUGAACACAGGAUGCUUCGUAAGGUAUUCCGACACCAAUUUUCUAAAUCCUCUACCAGCCACAAGCAGCAGCAGCAAUAGAGGAAAGAUAAUAGUUACUGUUGUAUCCGUUGUCAGUUCUGUACUGGUUUUCACGGUUGCUUCCAUGAUUGUGUUAUAUAUCAGGAAACGAAGAUAUAUACAGCAGAAGAGAAAAGGUUCUUAUGAUCCUGAGAAACUUGCAAAGAUACUCAUCGACAGUAGCUUGAACUUCAAAUACUCCACUGUUGAGAAAGCAACAGGAAAUUGGGAUGAGUCCAAUAAGCUAGGACAAGGAGGAUUUGGGACCGUCUACAAGGGGGUUCUUUCAGAUGGACGAGAAAUAGCCGUGAAGAGACUCUUCUUCAACAACAAAUUUAGAGCGGCAGAUUUCUAUAAUGAAGUUAACAUGAUUAGCAGUGUUGAACACAAAAACCUGGUGAGGCUGUUAGGAUGCAGCUGUUCAGGACCCGAAAGCAUUCUUGUAUAUGAAUAUCUACCCAACAUGAGUCUCGACCUCUUCAUUUUUGAUGCAGCAAAAGGCAAGGACCUAAACUGGGAGAAGAGAUUUGAGAUCGUCAUUGGUAUAGCGGAAGGCCUAGUCUACCUUCACGAGAAUACCAAGGUCCGGAUCAUUCACAGGGAUAUUAAAGCGGCUAAUAUCUUAUUAGACUUGAGGCUUCGUGCUAAAAUAGCUGACUUCGGGUUGGCUAGGUCUUUUCAGGACGAUAAGAGUCACAUUAGCACCGCUAUUGCAGGAACUCUUGGAUAUAUGGCCCCAGAGUACUUGGCCCACGGUCAGUUGACUGAGAAGGCAGAUGUCUAUAGCUUUGGUGUGUUAGUGCUGGAGGUGGUCACCGGAAUGGAAAACAACAGAAGUAAAACCACGGAAUAUACUGAAAGCAUAGUGUUUACUGCAUGGAAGCAUUUCCAGCAAGGUACAGUGGAGGAAAUCUUCGAUCCGAACCUAAUGAUGCAUAUUUAUCCUACCAGCAAUUUCCAGAAAGACGCCUUAAAAGUGGUACAUGUAGGCCUUCUUUGCACUCAAGAAGCUCCAUCUUUAAGACCAUCCAUGUCAAAGGUAUUAAAAAUGUUAGCCAAGGACGAUGAACCCUUACCUGCCCCCUCUAAUCCCCCUUUUAUGGACCAUAAAACCAUGGAACUCAACCACAUCACUCAAAAGUUGCUGAAUUACCAUAAACCCGAAGAUUCUUCUUCACAUGCUACAGUCUCCCACAGCCAUUUCUACCCAAGGUUAUAUACCUAAAUAUGAACCUCUCGGGUUGUGGCACACUGGUUAA